AUGGACUUUGACGAAGAAAAGCGAUCAGGUGCGGCAAGCCCUGCGAGACAUCCUACGGAUCCCACAGCCGACACGGUCGGCACAACGAGUGUUAGCGACAAGCCUGAUAUUGUCUCAGUCGACUGGGAUGAGGGCGAUCCACAGAACCCUCUCAACUGGAGCGCAACGCGGAAGUGGAUGACCAUUGUCGCAUGCGCGCUGAUUACGAUAACAACAAUCGCUAACGCGACGUCGCAAUCGAUCAUGGCUACAUGGGGCCCAGAAUGGUUCCACACCGACCGUAUCACCUUCGUAUUGGGUCUCUGUUUAUUCAACAUCUCAGUCGCGGUUGCGCCAAUGUUUCUGGCUCCGCUCAGCGAGCAUCUCGGCCGCAACGCCAUUUACCAGGUCUCGGGAUGGAUUGUCGCCCUCCUGUUCUUGCCACAGAGUUUGUCACGCAACAUUCACGGAUAUCUCGCUGCGCGGUGGUUUCAAGGAAUGGCAUCUUCGGUCGGUAAUUCAAUGGUCGGCGGAACCAUUGCCGACAUCUUCGGCUUCCACGAGCGUGGGCACCUCAUGAACUUCUUCACUCUCACCGUGUUCAUCGGUCAAGCUCUCGGAGGCCUCACGAUGGGAUGGACAGGUCAGAUUGUUGGCAUCCAGUGGUGCUUUGGCGCUCAGGGCAUCGCGUCGGCUGUCUCGGCCAUCUUCAGCCUGCUCUUCCUUCGUGAGACGCGAGGGAACACGAUCCUCCGUCGCCGUGCCAACCGUCUCACCAAGGAGACCGGCGUCUUGCACAUGACAAAGAUUGACCUCACGUCCAAGCACCAGUCGACAUCCCAGCAGUUGGCAAAGAGCGUUGGCCUGCCAUUGAAAAUGUUGCUUACUGAGCCAAUCGUCAUCGCGCUCACUCUAUGGAUUGGAUUCGCAUGGGCCAUCAUCUUCCUCGGCGGCACCUCCACCAUCCUCGUCUUCCAGCAGUACGGUUUCAGCCCAGGAGAGGCAGGCUCGAUCCAGUCGUGUAUCGGCAUCGGCGGCAUCAUCGGCUACCUCACGAGCUUUCACCAGGAGCACCUCUUCCACAAGGCUGCAGCCAGAUCACCGAGUGGCCGCGCGCCACCAGAGGCACGUCUGUACUGGGCUGCUAUCGGUGGCCUCAUCUUCCCGGCUGCUACACUCGUCUUCGGCUGGACUGGCCGCCCAUCCAUACACUGGGCAGUUCCGGCGUUCUUCCUGUGUCUGUCCUACUGGGGAAUCUUCUCCAUGUACCUCGGCACCUUCAACUACGUUGCCGACGCGUACGAGGAAUACUCGUCCUCGGCUCAGGCGGCGCAUAGUUUGGUCCGCAACGGCUUCAGCGGGGUCUUUCCGCUGUUCGCACGACAGAUGUACAUCAAGAUGGGAUAUCCGCAGGCCUCGUCUCUCAUCGCUGGACUGGGGUUUGCUCUCGCUAUCGCUCCAUUCAUGCUCAUCAAGUACGGCGCGCGGUUGCGUGCCAAGUCGCCCAUCACCAGCGGGCUCGUUGGCCACAUCUAG